GCGCCCCGCAAGGCAGUCCGGAUCGUCAUCUCCAAGACGCGCGGGCAGAAGGCGAUGCAGAAGCUCUGGUUGGCGAGGGCCAGGAAGCUGCAGUGCUCCUUCUGUGCUGCUGCCGUGGCCGACUGGCAAUCUCAACGUGCGCGCUGCGGCCUCCUUGCCGUCGGGCGGUGCAGCGCCGUCAAGCGCGUGGAAAAAUGCCACGGGAAAUGGCUGCAGGCCGAGCUGCCGUGCGACCAGUUCUCGAUCGACCGCCCCGGUGGCGCCCUCGGGUGCAACCGGGCCCGCGGGCCCACGCUGGCGGCCUCGUUGGCGCCGCAGUCCGGCUCCUCCGGGGGCGUCUGCUGCACUUUUGGAGUUCGGCUGCACCGCCAGUCACAUGGCGGCGCUUGUGCCGCAGAGGAGUUCUACGCCGAGAAGUGGCGUUGCGCGGUCAUCGACGCCCUGGGCAAUCGCCGCCAACUCGUUGGGCCGGCGCCACCGAUGGGCCUUCGCGACGCCGCGGCCCCCCCGGACGGCUUAUUGAAGCCCGCCGCAGCUGCAGAUCGUUUCUUAAAUUUCAGCGUUGCUGCAU